AUGAUCAGCCUCUUUUAUAACGGCAUGCCGGUGUUUGCGCGGGAAUACGGCAAUACAAAAGUACGUGGAUCCAAUUUGGGCAGUUGGCUAGUGAUGGAGGCAUGGAUGGCACCCCAGCCCUGGGAUGACAAUGGAUGUAAUAAAACUACCCAAGGUGGAAGCUAUUUACUGGAACAGUGUCUGGGUAGUAGAGCACCGGCAGUUUUACAACAAUUUUGGUCCACUUUUAUCACGGAAAAUGAUUUUGUUCAAAUGUCUCAACACGGUGUUAAUGUUGUGCGCCUACCUGUUGGUUGGUGGCAGAUAUAUGACCCGCAAGGAGGUGCUAGUAAAGCCAAACUGAACUGGUACAUCACACCCACUAACUAUAAUGUCGGUGGUCUGGCAUACAUUGAUAAGGCCUUUCAAUGGGGGCAGAAGUAUGGCAUCGGUAUUUUAUUGGGUAUGCACGCAGCACCAGGAUCUCAAAAUGGCAAUGAAAAUUCAUCACCCGCUCAGUAUCCUGGACAAUCCUGA